AGCUGGCUUGGCUAGCAUACUAGCUAGCGACCCUCCCCUGAUACACUGAAACGCCGGUCGUGAAAGGGAAAUCGCUCACGUUACGAUUGUAAUACAGAAAAUAUUUCAAGAUGUUUGGUACAUGUAUCUGGUGAAUCCAUGUCAAGGGAGUUAAAGCAAGUAAAACGGAUAUCGCAAUUUAGGCAUAUAAUCCUGACUCGCGUUAGCCUUAUAUGUUUGCUUUAGUUUCUCGGUCCUGUGGUAUCUCUAGACGAGCCAGGCGGUGAUUGGACGAACCGCGAGCGGCAUAACUGCAACUCCCAGCAAGAGGCUGCAGUGAAGGAAGGGAGGCAGGAGUAUCAUCGUCACAGCCCUCACAGAAUAUUAUACGAAAACACAUUGAGCGUUUACAGUUCCCUUCGGUAGCUUCGUGGCUGUGUCGCUCAGUGACAGUCACAACACGCUCGCUAUGGAAACACCGGGCAGGAUAACGCAGACAUCGGACUCACUGGACUUCACAGUGGAAAACGUGGAAAAGGCUCUUCACCAGCUGUAUUAUGACCCCAACAUUGACAAUAAGAACCUGGCCCAGAAGUGGCUCAUGCAAGCCCAGGUGUCCCCACAGGCCUGGCAGUUCUGCUGGGCCCUGCUCAGCCCGGACAAGGUCCCGGAGAUCCAGUACUUCGGGGCGAGCGCCCUCCACACCAAGAUCUCGCGCUACUGGGGGGACAUCCCGGCCGAGCAGUACGACUCGCUGAAGACCCAGCUCUUCUCGCAGAUCGCCCGCUUCGCCUCGGGCUCCAAGAUGGUGCUGACCCGGCUGUGCGUGGCGCUGGCCUCGCUGGCGCUCAACAUGAUGCCGGAGGCGUGGCCGGGCGCGGUCACGGAGAUGGUGCGCAUGUUCCAGGAGGAGGGCGGCGGGGUGGACGGGCGCGCCCGCUGCCUGGCGCUCCUGGAGCUGCUCACCGUGCUGCCCGAGGAGUUCCAGACCAGCCGGCUGCCCCAGUACCGCAAGGGCCAGGUGCGGGGGGCCCUGGGCCGGGAGUGGGCCUCCGUCUACCCCCUGCUCCAGCAGCUCCUGCGGCAGGCCGACUCCCCCGGCCUGGUGAAGGCCCGCGUGCUCAAGUGCCUCUCCAGCUGGGUGCUGCUGGACGUGCCCCUGAACGAGAGCGAGGGCCUGGUGGAGGACAGCUUCGCCGCGCUGGCCGACCCCGAGCUCUUCGACACCGCCGUGGAGGCCAUCGUCAACGCCAUCUCCCAGCCCGACUCCCAGAGGUACGUCAACACACUGCUGAAGCUGGUUCCGCAAGUGCUGCAGCUGCAGGAGCAGCUGAGGGAGGCCGUGCAGAACGGAGAUAUGGAGACGUCGCACGGAAUCUGCCGGAUCGCCGUGGCGCUGGGGGAGAACCACUCCAGGGCUCUCCUGGAGCAGGUGGAGCACUGGCAGGGGUUCCUGGCCCUGGUGAACAUGAUCAUGUUCUGCACGGGCAUUCCUGGGCACUACCCUGUCAACGAAACCACCAGCUCUCUCACGCUCACCUUUUGGUACACCCUGCAGGAUGACAUUAUGUCGUUUGAGGCGGAGAAGCGGGCGGUGUACCUGCAGGUGUACAGGCCCGUGUACUUCCAGCUGGUGGACGUCCUGCUGCACAAGGCCCAGUUCCCCACUGACGAGGAGUACGCCUCCUGGUCCUCCGAUGAGAAGGAGCAGUUCAGGAUCUACAGGGUGGACAUCUCCGACACCCUGAUGUACGUGUAUGAGACGCUGGGAGCCGAGCUCCUCAGCAACCUGUACGACAAGCUGGGGAGGCUGCUGACCAACACGGAGCAGCCCAUGUCCUGGCAGCACACUGAAGCACUGCUGUACGGGUUCCAGUCCAUCGCGGAGACGAUCGACGUCAACUACUCUGACGUGAUACCCGGGCUCAUCGGCCUGAUUCCUCGCAUUAACAUCAACAACGUUCAGCUCGCGGACACCGUCAUGUUCACUAUAGGUUCUCUGGCAGAGUGGUUGGCCGAUCACCCGGUCAUGUUGAGCAGUGUCCUCCCGCUGGUACUGGAGGCCCUGGGGAACCCUGACCUCUCUGUGUCCAGCGUCUCCACGCUCAAGAAGAUCUGCCGCGAGUGCAAAUACGACCUGCCCCCCUACGCCACCAACAUCGUGGCUGUCUCACAGGAGGUGCUCAUCAAACAGAUCCAUAAGACCAGUCAGUGUAUGUGGCUGAUGCAGGCUCUGGGCUUCCUGCUCUCCGCCCUGCCCGUGGAGGACAUCUUGCGGAAUCUGCACUCGCUCAUCACCCCCUAUAUCCAGCAGCUGGAGAAGCUGGCCGACGAGACGCCGAACCCCUCCAAUAAGCUGGCCAUCAUCCAUAUCCUGGGGCUCCUGUCCAACCUGUUCACCACGCUGGACAUCACAAAGCAGGAGGACGAGUCGGGCGAGGGCACGCCGCCGGUCAAAACCACCCUGCCCCAGUUGGGUCCCAACCCGGUGGUGGUGGUGCUCCAACAGGUCUUCGCUCUGAUCCAGACCGUUCUGAGCAAGUGGCUCAAUGACUCGCAGGUGGUUGAGGCGGUAUGUGCAAUCUUCGAGAAGUCGGUGAAGACUCUCCUCCAUGACUUCGCCCCCAUGGUGUCCCAGCUGAGCGAGAUGCUCGGUCAGAUGUACAGCACUAUCCCACAGGCCUCUGCUCUGGACCUCACGCGUCAGAUGGUCCACAUAUUUGCCAGUGAGACGGAUCACUUUCCUCCUAUCAAGGCCCUUUUUGAACUGGUAACAUCUGUCACCCUGUCCAUCUUUCAACAAGGGCCCAGGGAUCAUCCUGAUAUUGUUGAUUCAUUUAUGCAACUCCAAGCUCAGGCUCUCAAACGGAAGCCCGAUUUAUUCUUGUCUGAGAAUCUCGACGUGAAGGCGGUGUUCCAUUGCGGAGUGCUGUCGCUCAAGUUCCCAGAGGGCCCCACAGUCAAGUCCACUUGUCUUUUCUUCACGGAGCUGCUCCCUCACUGUGGAGACGUGCCUCGCGUGGGCCAGGUGGUGCAGGAAGACGGCAAGCUGCUGCUGCAGGCUGUACUGGAGGCCAUCGGCGGGCAGUCCUCGCGCAGUCUGAUGGACCAGUUCGCGGAGGUGCUGUUCUCCCUGAACAAGCACUGCUUCGCCCUGCUGACGGUGUGGCUGAAGGAGGUGCUGCAGCCGCCCGGCUUCCCCUCCUCGCGCGUCUCCGCGGAGCAGAAAGACACCUUCAGCCAGCAGAUCCUCAGGGAGCGAGUGAACAAGCGGCGGGUGAAGGAGAUAGUGAAGGAGUUCACCCUCCUGUGCAGAGGUCUGCACGGCACCGAAUACGCUGCGGAGUACUGAGUCAGCGCCCGUCCCAGUCCGGAACCCGAAAGCGCCCGUCAGCCUCCCAGGCAGCCCCCCCCACCCCCCACCCCCCCAACAGAACCCAAAACACUGGAGUCGCAUCCCACACCGCGAGCGCAAAGACCCCCCACCCUCCCACAAAAUCAACCGCCCCCCUACGGAAGCUCGGCACAGACGCCGGCUGCCGGGACCGGCUCGGCGGGCGGGGCCUGGGGCGGUGCCGCUUUCUCUGCUGUCCCCGGCGCCGCUUUGGGGUUUCGUUUUUUUAGGGAAACGCCAGAAGGGUCUUCUCCAGCAGUCGCCUGUCCUGCAGCAUGCUCUCUAAAGUCUCACACUUUCUUACUCUCGAUCUUCCCUGGCUCCUAGGCUGUUUCCUUGUGAUAUGCAUACGUAUGUUAAAUAGUACUAGUUUUCCUUUUUAUUUUUGGAAAAGAAGCAAAUAAUUAUAUACACCUAUGAACACACACAGACACGCACACACACAGAUAUAUAUUAAAUAUACACACAUGCAUAUAUAUAUGUAUGUAUAAACAGGGUUUUAAAACAGUCUUGCUGCUGCUGCUGCCGCUGCUAACAGAAGGUGAGAAGGACAAAUGAAGAUGCGUUUCUGUGUUGCAGAACGAUCCGACAGUACCAAACCACACACCCCCUUUUCCCUCGUUGCCAAAUUGUUGUUUAUCGUCACGUGAUGUAGGUUUAUUUUUUAUUUUUUGAUAUAAAAGUAGAAUAUAUUGGAUCUGGUAUGUAAUGGUAUAUAUAUAUACUGAGCUGGGAGGGGGGGGGAGGAGAGAGCUGAACCACUACGGAAACAAAGACUUCAUGCCUGCACUCCCACAGCUAUCAAACUAAUCAUCUCUGAAAAGUGAGCAGCUUUAACUGAGGAGCCUUGAUUCAUCUGUGCUAAUAUUAUGGACUUGAAGAGGUCGAUGUGCAACUGCUUAGGAAUGUCUUGGCUUCAGAUGAGAGCAAAGGGGUGGGGGAGCGGGGGGGUGUGAGACAAUGAGUGAAGGGCUGUGUUCUUACUGGAGAGAGUAUCCAAUCACAUCAGUAGUUCUAACCCCACUAAUCACGCAGUACCCAAUUGCAAAGCCCCGUCAUUUCAGUGUGUAUUUAACGAAGUGCCCAGAAGAAUGUUCGGAUAUGCGCAUAUUCAUUUUUUCCCCCGCUUCUAGUCCUACUCUGAAUGCACUUUUGCUUUACACACGGUCUCCAGUAAAACGCAGAACUUGGUUUCUGCCAUUUUUUUACCCCAAAAAGCAUUUCCAAAGUGCAUGUACUGAGUGUCACUCUUUUGGGUUCCUACGCAGCUCUGCAAGGCCUUGACUCGUAUCCUUGGUGUGCCUGUGGACAUGUAGCAUGUUUUAGGGAGGGACCGAUGGUAGCAUAGAGCGAGUGUCAAGGCACAGUAGGGUCAUUGUUUGUCAGAGAUUGAAAGUGAGGUGGUGAAGGGGAAGGAGGGGAAAUGUACAUUGAUUUUUGUACCUGGUUUUAAUUUAUUAAAUAUAUCUAAGGCAGCAUG